GCAACCUUUAACCUUCCACCGACCGUGGGCAAGGCUGCCUGCUCUUGCGCAUUCUCACCAGAGUUGUCUGAGCCACAGAGAGGCGUCCGGCUGACUAUGGAGUGCGGAGGCCCUCUGGCCAAAUCGUGUUGGUUACUGCUGCUGCUGCUGCUGCUGCUGCUGCCAUCUCAUAACCACCAGGGACAGGCUCUGAGACAGAUCACCCCCACCCAGGUGCAGGAACAGGACAGGGGGAUCCAGGACCCUCCUGCUGUGCACCUCAGCAAUGGCCCAGGACAAGAGCCUGUCUCUAUCAUGAUCUUUAACCUCACCAAGAUCACAAAAUACUCCUCCUCCUUUGAGUUUCGAACCUGGGACCCAGAGGGAGUGCUUUUUUAUGGUGAUAUCAACCCAAAGGAUGACUGGUUUGUGCUGGGACUUCGAGAUGGCAGGCCUGAGGUCCAACUGCACAACCCCUGGGCCCAGCUUACCGUGGGCGCUGGCCCCCGGUUGGAUGAUGGGAAAUGGCACCAGGUAGAAGUGAAGAUCCUGGGAGACUCAGUGCUGCUGGAGGUGGAUAAGGAAGAGGUGCUGCAUCUGAGACAGGUCUCUGGGCCCCUGGCCGAAAAGCCCCAGCCCGUCAUGAGGAUUGCACUUGGGGGACUGCUGUUCCCCGCCUCCAACCUCCGGUUGCCGCUCGUACCUGCCCUGGAUGCCUGCCUGCGCAGGGGUGACUGGCUGGACCCACAGGCCCAGAUUUCAGUGUCUGCCCCCACUGGCCUCAGAAACUGUACUGUAGAGUCCCAACCUGGGAUAUUCUUCCCUCCAGGAACUCAUGCAGAGUUCAGUCUCCAAGAUAUUCCUCAGCCUCAGGUAGAGCCUUGGGCCUUCUCUGUGGACCUGGGACUCCAGCUGGCAGCAGGCUCUGGCCACCUCCUUGCCCUGGGGACCCCAGAAAACCCUUCUUGGCUCAGCCUCCAACUCCAAGAUCAAAAGGUGGUGCUGUCUUAUGGGUCGGGGCCAGGCCUGGAUCUGCCCCUGGUCUUGGGACUCCCUCUUCAGCUGAAGCUGAAUGUGUCCAAAGUGCUCUUGAGCCAGGGGCCAAAGAAGAUCCUCGCUCUGCCUCCCGUGGGCCUCGACUCCCUCCUCAGCCUCUGGGCCCACCCCCAGGGGCGUCUCUUCCUGGGGACUUUGCCAGCCUUUAUCCUCCUCUUCUACUUCGUCUUCUAUGGCUUCCUCACGGCCAUGUUCACCCUCACCAUGUGGGUGAUGCUGCAGACUGUCUCUGACCAUACCCCCAAGUACCAGGACCGACUGGCCACACCAGGCUUGAUGAUUCGCCCCAAGACUGAGAACCUUGAUGUCGUCGUCAAUGUCAGUGACACUGAAAGCUGGGACCAGCAUGUUCAGAAGCUCAACAAGUUCUUGGAGCCUUACAACGACUCCAUCCAAGCCCAAAAGAAUGAUGUCUGCCGCCCUGGGCGCUAUUACGAACAACCAGAUAACGGAGUCCUCAACUACCCGAAACGUGCCUGCCAGUUCAACCGGACCCAGCUGGGUGACUGCUCUGGCAUCGGGGACCCCACCCACUAUGGUUAUAGCACUGGGCAGCCCUGUGUCUUCAUUAAGAUGAACCGGGUCAUCAACUUCUAUGCAGGAGCAAACCAGAGCAUGAAUGUUACCUGUGCGGGGAAGCGAGAUGAAGAUGCUGAGAAUCUGGGUAGCUUUGUCAUGUUCCCUGCCAAUGGCAACAUCGACCUCAUGUACUUCCCCUACUAUGGCAAAAAGUUCCACGUGAACUACACACAGCCCCUCGUGGCCGUGAAGUUCCUGAAUGUGACCCCCAACGUGGAGGUGAACGUGGAAUGCCGAAUCAACGCCGUCAACAUCGCCACAGAUGACGAGCGAGACAAGUUUGCGGGCCGAGUGGCCUUCAAACUCCGCAUCAACAAAACCUGAGACCCCCCCCUUCCUCCUGUUCCCCCCCCUUUUCCUGUGGAUGCUUCUGGAAUGUCCCUUUUCCUUUUCCUCUGAACCCAGCCUGGUUGAUGUCCGUUGUGAUUUCCCCACUUUCACACAUUUUCCACCAUCUUCUCCCAACCCCCCUCAGUCAAAGAUAGAAAGGUGGGAUCCCAAGAUGGUCACAGAGGAGAGGAGCUGUUCUGGUUCUGGUUUAGCUGUGAGUGGGGUGUCCCCACAGCUACCCUCCCAUCCCCUGAGAGAUACAGAAAAUGCCUCCCCAUCUUCACAUGCACAUAAACACAAUCUCAUGUCACCCCUUAGCUUCCAGACAGGAAUGGGGCACUCCACUCUCCCAGUCCUGAUGCAGCCGCUGUCACCUUCCCCUAUGUCUCACACUCCCCUACUAUACACUGUUGCUGUCUUGGUGGCUUUUAACUUAUCUGGUUCCUCUGGUAGGUCUUUCUCCACCUCCUCUCCAUCCCCAUUCUCUUUUCAGGACAGUUGGCUCGUAGUCUUUUCCCUGUUUCCUGGUACAUUCCACUUAUCAUCCUAAGGUGACGGUGUGAGCUGGGAGUGAGGGUUUAGAAGUCUAUAUUGGUCUCUCUUCCUGGUCUCUAUCGCCCAAAUAGGCACCGCUCAGAGGGGCAGGGUUGACCUAGGCUGAAUAUCCACUUUGUUUUUUGCGGAUGGCUCCCUUACCCCUGUCGGCUUUCCCAGAAUAUCCUUCAAGUUCCACUUCCCAAGAGCCCUGGGGGAGGGGCAGCCGUUUUGGAUCUGUCCCCAGUGGCCACCUUGGGAACGUCAGCAGCUGUGGGACUAUUCCACCAGCUUCCCUGGGCCCAGAUCUGCCCCCACCAUCCUCUUGCUGGUUCCUCUUAGCAAUUUAUCAACUAAUCACUAACGCCUACCCUUUCCUCUGCAUUUUAGCCUGAAACUUGCAAAUACCCCCUCCAUUUAGGCCCUGGAUUGCCUGGCUCUGUCUCCUUCAGAUCUCUCUGCAGUUUCAAACAACCCCCUAGUGCCCAUAGAAUUGUAAAAGAGGGACCUUCUGUAUUCUUGCGUUACAGAGGCCUUUCACUGUCUCCUCCAGUGCCAUUUGUUCACUGCCUCACCUCUCUAAUCCCCCCCCUUUUUUUUUUGAUGCUGCAGCCUCCACACCCCACCCACAGAUGGACCCUCCCCUUUUUUCUCUUGCUGGAUCUGUUUCUUCACUUUGGGUCCCCAUGUUUUCCUGCACUUCCUCACCCCUGUGGUCUCUCUCUGCAGUUAUUUAAUGCCUGUGUCAGAUCUACUGUAAAAAGAGAAUUAAGUACAAUAAAAUGAGAGCAAUUAUAUAUAUAAAUAUAUAUCAUACAUGGA